AUGAAGGCGCUGUUGAACAGAACGACAUACUAUGUCGUUAACCAAACUGUUGAAGUACCAAUAUCCAAUAGAAAUAUAACAAUUACAGAAUUAUUAACAAAAUUUUCUAUGACAACAACAGCAACAAGUAAUGAAUAUAAAUAUUUGACAACGAUGAAUCCACAUCAAAUAAUUAAAAAUAAUCAAGAAAUUGUUUCGAAUUUAUGUGAAACAAAACUUUUACUUGUUAAAGAAGAUGAAACAUGUUUACUUUCAGUUGAAAAAUUAAGUAAAAAUUGUAAAAACAAAAAAAAUUAUAAACAUUUUUAA